AAAACCCCUAUUCGGCCCAAGGAUAAUAACGAUAAUAAUAACGAAAAAAACCAAUUUCGAAUUUUACAAAUAAACGUUCCGCGCAACCCAAUUCCAAAAAAAUUCCAAAUUUUCCGAACCAACGUUAAUAUUAUUUUAACCCUUUUUAAUAGGCGCGAAAAAUUCAAAUUUAAUUUCCCAAUUAUAUUUAAUAAUAUAUUUGGACAAUUUAAAAAAUAUUUUAUAUAA